UUUAGGUUUCAGGCUACAAGGCCACCACCACCGAAGCCUGGUCCGGCUUCUAACAACAUUUAUGAUUGGCCAGCCUGCUUUUGUCUACAACGUCUAAGAAGGCUAUCAAAGAUAUAUAAAUGAAACAAACUGAAAGAAUUCGACUGCCAACAAUUGACGACGAUGAAUACAACCCCGCAAAGGCGACGGGUGGCAGCAAACACAGCAUCCGCAGCCAACACAACCAACACCAUCGCAACGACAAUCAGACGAUUCUUCGCCGUGGAAGAUGUUAUACGAACCCGAAUUACAAAAUUUUCAACAUCAUGAUCCCAUUUUCCAACUCCGUCGCCCGGUAAUUCCGGUGGCUUUGAAGAAACACCAGCGAACCUAAUAUGGAGUUAAUGCCAAAUUAUCGCCGACCCAAUUGCCACCAAAUGCAGCUGGGGCGGGGUUUAGCGGCGCAAAGUCCACCAUAUGCGUCCUCUAAACUCCAACGCUCGCAUCCACCACCAAAGCACGCUAGUGUUGGCAAGCGCCGUCUCAAUUACUUGGUUAACACUACCACGGAGCGGGGCGCACGAUUCGCCUGAUGCGAUCAUGGUGCCCGUCCCCGCGUCGCGAAAGUCUAUGGUUUAAGUCCGAAGCCCCUCAGGGUUGCCCGAAUCGGUGUUAGGCGGUUGGAAACAAUGUGCAGCUGGUGGUUUCUUGUAUAAAAGCUUGCCAUUCCCCUCCUCUCUACUCAACUACACAAUUCAUCUCAAACAUAACAAACUCCCACUACGUCAUAAUGGUUCCCACAAGAAAGCUCGGCCGCAACGGCCCUGAAAUCCCCGCCAUUGGCCUCGGCCUCAUGUCCUUUGCUGGCUGGUACGGGCAAAAGGAUAAGAGCGACGCCAGUGCCUUGAACUUCCUCGACCGCGCUCACGAGAUUGGUGAGCGCUUCUGGGACUCCGCCGAUAUCUACGGAGACUCAGAGGACAAGAUCGGUGCCUGGUUCAAGCGCUCCGGCAAGCGUGACGAUAUCUUCCUCGCCACCAAAUUCGCUAUCCGUGUCGUCGACGGCGAGAGAGCCAUUGACAACUCCCCAGAAUACAUUAAGCAGGCCUGCGACAAGAGUCUGCAGAGACUCGGCAUUGAUACCAUUGACUUGUACUACUGCCACCGUGUAGAUGACAAGACCCCCAUUGAGCACACCGUCAAGGCCAUGGCUGAGCUCAAAGACGCCGGCAAGAUCCGAUACCUCGGUCUCUCCGAAUGCUCUGCCGACACCAUCCGCCGUGCUCAUGCCGUCCACCCCAUUUCCGCCUACCAGGUCGAGUUCUCUCCUCUCUUCCUCGACAUCGAGUCCGACGAGCACAAGAUUCUCGAGACAUGUCGCGAGCUCGGCAUCACCAUCAUCGCAUACAGCCCCGUUGGCCGCGGUUUCCUCACUGGUCAAAUCACAUCCAUCGAUCAGGUCGACCCCAACGACUGGCGCCUGCAGGUACCCAAGCUCAAGAACAACUUUGACAAGAUCCUCGAGCUUAGCAAGCAGAUCCAAGCGGUUGGUGCACGCCACAACGCUACCGCGGCGCAGGUAUGCCUUGCCUGGGUUUCACAGCAGGGCGAUGACUUUAUUGCCAUUCCCGGUACAUCUACCAUCAAGUAUCUCGAGCAAAACACUGCUGCUGUCGAGAUCAAGUUGAAUGACGAGGAGAUGAAGCUUAUUCGACAGUACGCCAACGAGAUAGAGCUAGCUGGAGACCGCUACCCCGAUGGCCACCUCAACACAACAUUCAUCAAUUCGGUACCACUCAACUAAAAGGUUUUGAUGCUGAAAUAAAUCUUACAGAGAUAGGACAUUUAUAGACAGAUUGAAGAAUACGUAUGAUUUGUUCCAAAGUAAAUUACAUUAUGAAAUUAAGGAGUGUUUGUACUGAGCUAUAUAGUAGCUCCUAUGUAGUAGUAGUAGCGAAGGUAUGAAACAAGUCGUCAAUGCUCCAGGCAUUGGCAGCGUAAGAGCAAGCAUAAUCCCAUUCCCAAAGAAAAUAAAACAUAAAACAUAAACCGUCCCAAAGCUUUUUUUUUAAUGAUAGAUGGAUUUAAGCAGGUUUUUUACGCGCGCGGAUAUUUGACUCUUGAGCGUGGCUUGCGAAUCGUCUGUUAGGGCACUGCGACCAGUAUCGGUAGAGCGUCUGCGGUUCUGCAUCUCCAUGACAAACUUGGGCCAUGUGUUGGUAAGCACAAGGUACUUGAUGUGAUCCUGAACCUCGUCGAAAAUCUCCAGCUCAAAGCUGCCGGGGAUCUGGCCAGUGUACUGGACGUUGGACAGACCGACGGCGCUCUCCUCAUUGUCAAAGUCAAAGGGAGUGGCAGCAUUAUAACGGCCCUCACCACGGACACUGCGGGCUGCAACCUCGAAAACGGCUUGCAGAUGCUUGAGCUUCUUGGAAGGCAGGUUGAGGGGGAACUGGGCGUCCAACGGGCUGAUAAAGUCAAUGUACAACUGAAGAGCACCGCUGUAGACCUCGGAACUGAAGCGUGCAUGCUCAACACUGGCAUGUGUGGCCUUCCAGCGAGAGAGAAGGUUGAGGAAAGCAAUGUUUUCUCCGGAGAAGUCGUUGAGCGAGGAGAACUCAAGUAAGGGGGCAGGGUUCUCGGCGAGGACGUGGUCCAGAGCCUUCAUAGUGAUGAGACGAUCGCCAAUGGCAGCAUCGGUAAAAUCAAUGGGCUUGCCCUUCUCGGCAACCUCAAGAGUGUGGAGCUUCCAGUCCGAUGUCGAGGAUCGGAGAGUUGAGGUCUGCGAGGCAGUCUCCCAGCGAGAGUUGGAGUCCUUGGCUCUGCGGGCAAUGAUUUGCGAGCGAAUGAUCUGGAAAGCAGGGACAAAGACGGUGAAGAUCUCAAACAUCAUGGUCGACAGGUGGAGCCACUGGCUAGGAGGGAAGUAGGCGUUGACCUUGUCAAAUGCUGGGACAUACGAGGAAAUCAAGAACAUGGGCGUGGCGUGCAAGCUGGACAGGCAGCACCCAAUGGUCUGGGCGCGCCAUCCCAUGGUAUCGCGAAUGUUCCAAGCGCGGAAGAUCAGGAUAGGAGCA